GUGAACCAUUUUCAAUACUUGAUGAGGUUAAGCCAUUAUAUUCUUUGUUUUAUUCCUGUUCAAAAACUCGAGGCUUUCCCCUUGAUUGGGAGAGACGCAAAAGCAGAGGAAGAAGAAUAGAAGAUGGCCAAGAUACCCAAGAACUCCAAGUUUGUGCUGUGCCUAGUGUUUUCCAUGAUCUUCAAUCUUCUCUUUAUCAUCAAUCUCUAUGUGGGUGGAGGUUGGAAUCUCAGUUGGAGCUCACGAGCUGCAGAAGAAGCUGAGGCUGUAGCAGCAAUUUCCUGCUCAGGCCAUGGAAGAGCUUACUUAGAUGGAUUAGUUCUUGAUGAUGAAAAACAACCACUUUGUGAAUGUAAUACUUGCUAUUCAGGUCCUGACUGCUCUCAAUUUAUACCCAAUUGUGCUGCAGAUGCUGAUGAGGGAGAUCCAUUGUUCUUGGAGCCCUUCUGGAUUCAGCAUGCAGCUAACAGUGCAGUUCUAGUAGCAGGGUGGCACCGGAUGAGCUACAGCUACAAUGAUAAAACUGUCAUCUCCAAAGUGCUUGAGAAGCAUAUCCGAAAACUACACUCACUUGUAGGAAAUGCAGUUACAGAAGACAGAUUUAUCAUCUUUGGUACUGGCUCAACACAGGUCAUCAGCGCUGCAGUCCACGCAUUGUCCCCUGAUAAUGCCUCCUCCCCUGCAAGAGUUGUAGCUUCAAUCCCUUACUACUCGCUAUACAGAGAACAAACAGAUUAUUUUGAAUCAAUGCAUUUCAAGUUUGAAGGAGACGCGUCCCCCUGGAUAAACACUACAAAUACUAGCAGCACCAAUUUGAUUGAGUUUGUGACAUCUCCUAACAAUCCAGAUGGACAGCUGAACAAGGCAGUUCUUCAUGGACCAUAUGUCAAGGCAAUUCAUGAUCUUGCAUAUUACUGGCCACAUUUUACUCCAAUUCCAGCUCCUGCAGAUGAAGAUCUAAUGACAUUCACACUAUCUAAGCUUACUGGUCAUGCUGGCACUCGAUUUGGGUGGGCAGUGAUAAAGAAAAAGAGUGUAUAUGAGAGAAUGACAAUGCAUAUGGAGUUAAACACCAUGGGAGUUUCUAGAGAUAGUCAAUUAAGAGCUUUGAAGCUUCUCAAAGUAAUCCUAGAAGGAAAGGGAAGGGAAAUAUUUGAAUUCGGCUACAAGACAAUGAAAGCAAGGUGGGAAAUAUUGAACCAGACAUUGUCAUUAUCGAAUCGCUUCUCUUUGCAGAAAAUUCCUCCACAAUACUGCACCUUUUUCCAGGAAUUCAGGGAGUCUUCUCCUGCUUAUGCAUGGUUGAAGUGUGAGAGAGAAGAAGAAAAAGAUUGUUACGCGGUGUUGAAGGCUGCAAAUAUCAUUGGGCGUAGAGGCUACAUGUUCAGUGCUGAGGAUCGCUAUGUCAGGCUCAGCAUGAUAAAAAGCAGAGAUGAUUUUGACGCAUUGAUAGAGCGUUUAAAGGAACUAGUCUCGGAGGAAGAAAGUGUAGUUAAGGGUACGUGAAGAAAGCUAUCCACCUUAUACUCUAAACCCUAAACUCGAUCAAGAGGUGUUGAUCAAGAACUCUAAAUAAGGCUAUAAACCCUAAACUCGAUCAACAGAUGUUGAUCAAGAACUCUAAGUAAGGCAAAUUAAGAGUGGGUUAUGGAAUCUUGAGGUGUCCAUUUAAGAAAGAGGUCAUGCAUGCCCAUUGAAAUGCUCUGCUUUAUCUUAAGGGAGGUUGGUGUAUAUUUAACAUAUUUUCUUCUAAACUUAAUUGGUUAAUAACAUGAUAUUUUAAAU